AUGGAAGCAAGGGAAGGAGGAAAAAAAAGAGAGUAUGGUACGACCCCCGCGGGGCCCGUCUGGACCGCGGUGUUCGACUACGAGGCGGCGGGCGACGAGGAGCUGACCCUGCGGAGGGGCGAUCGCGUCCAGGUGCUUUCCCAAGACUGUGCGGUGUCCGGCGAUGAGGGCUGGUGGACCGGGCAGCUCCCCAGCGGCCGCGUGGGCGUCUUCCCCAGCAACUACGUGGCUCCUGGCGCUCGUGCUGCACCCGCGGGCCUCCAGCUGCCCCAGGAGAUCCCCUUCCACGAGCUGCAGCUAGAGGAGAUCAUCGGUGUGGGGGGCUUUGGCAAGGUCUAUCGGGCUGUGUGGCGUGGCGAGGAGGUGGCCGUCAAGGCCGCCCGGCUGGACCCUGAGAAGGACCCGGCAGUGACAGCGGAGCAGGUGUGCCAGGAAGCCCGGCUCUUUGGAGCCCUGCAGCACCCCAACAUCAUUGCCCUUAGGGGCGCCUGCCUCAACCCCCCACACCUCUGCCUAGUGAUGGAGUAUGCCCGGGGUGGCGCACUGAGCAGGGUGCUGGCAGGUCGCCGGGUGCCACCUCACGUGCUGGUCAACUGGGCUGUGCAGGUGGCCCGGGGCAUGAACUACCUACACAAUGGUGCCCCUGUGCCCAUCAUCCACCGGGACCUCAAGUCCAUCAACAUCCUGAUCCUGGAGGCCAUCGAGAACCACAACCUCGCAGACACGGUGCUCAAGAUCACAGACUUUGGCCUCGCCCGCGAGUGGCACAAGACCACCAAGAUGAGCGCCGCGGGGACCUAUGCCUGGAUGGCUCCGGAGGUUAUCCGUCUCUCCCUCUUCUCCAAAAGCAGUGAUGUCUGGAGCUUCGGGGUGCUGCUGUGGGAGCUGCUGACUGGGGAGGUUCCCUACCGUGAGAUCGACGCCUUGGCCGUGGCGUAUGGCGUGGCUAUGAAUAAGCUGACGCUGCCCAUUCCCUCCACGUGCCCCGAGCCCUUUGCCCGCCUCCUGGAGGAAUGCUGGGACCCAGACCCCCAUGGGCGGCCAGAUUUCGGCAGCAUCUUGAAGCGGCUUGAAGUCAUCGAACAGUCAGCCCUGUUCCAGAUGCCACUGGAGUCCUUCCACUCGCUGCAGGAAGACUGGAAGUUGGAGAUUCAGCACAUGUUUGAUGACCUUCGGACCAAGGAGAAGGAGCUUCGGAGCCGUGAGGAGGAGCUGCUGCGGGCGGCGCAGGAGCAGCGCUUCCAGGAGGAGCAGCUGCGGCGGCGGGAGCAGGAGCUGGCAGAACGCGAGAUGGACAUCGUGGAAAGGGAGCUGCACCUGCUCAUGUGCCAACUGAGCCAGGAGAAGCCCCGGGUCCGCAAGCGCAAGGGCAACUUCAAGCGCAGCCGCCUGCUCAAGCUGCGGGAAGGCGGCAGCCACAUCAGCCUGCCCUCCGGCUUUGAGCAUAAGAUCACAGUCCAGGCCUCUCCAACCCUGGAUAAGCGGAAAGGAUCGGAUGGGGCCAGCCCCCCUGCAAGCCCCAGCAUCAUCCCCCGGCUGAGGGCCAUUCGCCUGACUCCUGUGGACUGUGGUGGCAGCAGCAGUGGCAGCAGCAGUGGAGGAAGUGGGACAUGGAGCCGCGGUGGGCCCCCAAAGAAGGAAGAACUGGUCGGGGGCAAGAAGAAGGGCCGAACGUGGGGGCCCAGCUCCACCCUGCAGAAGGAGCGGGUGGGAGGAGAGGAGAGGCUGAAGGGGCUGGGGGAAGGAAGCAAACAGUGGUCAUCGAGUGCCCCCAACCUGGGCAAGUCCCCCAAACACACACCCAUCGCCCCUGGCUUCGCCAGCCUCAAUGAGAUGGAGGAGUUCGCGGAGGCGGAGGACGGAGGCAGCAGCGUGCCCCCUUCCCCCUACUCGACCCCGUCCUACCUCUCGGUGCCACGGGGGCCUCCCGAGCCCGCGGGCCAUGGCCCUGGCCCUCGUGACCUUCUGGACUUCCCCCGCCUGCCCGACCCCCAGGCCCUGUUUCCAGCCCGCCGCCGGCCCCCCGAUUUCCCAGGCCGCCCCACCACCCUGACCUUUGCCCCGAGACCUCGGCCGGCUGCCAGUCGCCCCCGCUUGGACCCCUGGAAACUGGUCUCCUUCGGCCGGACACUCACCAUCUCGCCUCCCAGCAGGCCAGACACUCCGGAGAGCCCUGGGCCCCCCAGCAUGCAGCCUACGCUGCUGGACAUGGACAUGGAGGGGCAGAACCAGGACAGCACAGUGCCCCUGUGUGGGGCCCACGGCUCCCACUAAGGCCUGCCCACCACCGCCCGCCUGGGCAGCCAUGAAUGUAGCGCCCCAGGCCCCGCCCCAGCCCGCCAUGCCACAAGGCGGGGGAGGCCCUGGGCAGGAUGUUCACUCUAUUUAUUGGGGAAGGAGGGAGGGGGGAACACUUAACUUAUUCCUUUGUACCCCAGGGGGUGGAGCCCUGUGCCCGCCCUGCACUGGGGAGAGGGUGGGCAGGGAUACUCAGGGACAGGGCAUCAUGGGGGAUUUGGCACAAAAUGGAGCAUUAAAGGUAACCCCUGCCCCCUAC